AAAAAACAGCCCGCCCCCAACGCGAAAGGAGCGGGACAUUUCAUCUCACCGAACUCACGGAUUACAAAACAUCAGCUCUUCCCGUUCCUCCACCUCCACCUCUCAAAAUGUGACAUUUUCACAUUCUAUCAAUCAAAAUGGCAACGGAUAUCGAGAAUCAGCUCGACAAUGAGGACUUGGGGCCUGUGGAGGCUAGCGAUCCCCUGCUCUCGAAGCCGGACCGAGACCGCUCUUCCAAUAAGAGCUCGCGACGCUGUCGGAACAGAAGAUCACUGGAAAUCAUCGAGCUCGACGAUAUUCCCCCAAUCAUCAAAAGUGCGAAUGGGAAUAUCUUCUGGGCGGAUGAGCAAUGCACCAGACGAAUUGGUCUGACGUCUACGGAAGCAAGGCUGUUUUUGAAGUUGCUGCAGACUGAUGAGCCUGAGAACUACAAUUAUCACGAUUACAAGGAGAUGUUUGAUGAUUUUGGGGCUGAGCAGGCGAGGUUGAAGGAAUUAGUUAAGAGAUUGCCGUGGUAUAAAUUUGAUACCUAUCGGCAGCGGGGCAUCUGGAAGGCGAGAAUCGAAUGGCUUGAAAGAAUGAAGGAGCCGCGUCUUUGGCUGAAGUAUUUGAUGGCGAGACGGAGGAGGAUUUUGAAACAGGCGUCGGUGAGGGUGCUGGCCCGCCUAGCGGAAAAGAGACGAUGUAAGUUGGAGAACGGUGUGGAUUUUGAGAGGGGAAGGCCGCCGCCUGGUCCAAGCCGAUCGAAAGAGGAGCUUCUGGGCUUGGCUCAGGUUAUGCUGAGUGAAGCAACGCAGACGUCGACACCGAAGGAGACGUCGCCGCUUCCUCCUCCGUCACGGGGAAAACAGCUACUAAGUGAAGCUACGCAAACUUCGACGCCUAAAGAGACAUCGCCACUUCCUCCUCCAUCUAGGGGGAAGCACCAAGCAAGAGCUAGCGAUGCAACCCAAGUAUCAGAAAAUCGUCUAAGCCAUUUAACCUCCAGACUGAGAGAUAGUCUCAGCGCCUCACGGCAUCGACACAGUCCCCGCUCCUCUCACGUCCAAUAUCCCAUCUUCGAAAAGCCCUUCGAGGCAACGAGAGAAGACAUCAAGCGCCAAGUUGAAAACAUCAUGCCGAAGACUACGCCGUACAUUGUAAUCGGCUGGUUUCAUCGCUCAGCUGGUGAUCCCAAGGAGAGGAUCUUACAGUUCAAGCAGCCAGAGCAACUUUUUGCUUCUAUGAGGAAGGGCGAGAGCCAGGUGAGGGGAUACAGGGAGUAUUUAUCCUUGAAGAGCUUGAGGGGGUUUGGAUUGUACAAGUGCGACAUCUCUCGUGGAGCACAUAUCCCACUCGUGCUCAACUCAUCCCAAGAAGCAGUCCUCGCCCAGCUUUUCUUUGCAUACAAAGCUUCGUACAGACACGCAGAUGACGAUGUAGCACGAGCGUGGCACGGCUGGGUCUCUAAGAAUCUCAAUGAUAGCAAAGAGAACCCUCUCGAAGGCAGAUACUCGUUGCAGCUGCUUUACGACUGGUCGAGCUAUCGACUGAGUGCAGUGGUUGCCAUCCCAGUGAUUCUGAGUUUGGCAAUCGGGACUUGGUACAUGAUGGGACAAGGAGAUGUUGUAACGGCCUGGACUUUGGCGUUAUACAUUGUUACUACGGCCGCAGCACUUAUUGCAUUGAUGGCGAUUAUUGGGAGUCUGAAGGACAUUUAGGGAUACUGGAGAUACCAUUCUGCGAGCAUUUGAGCAUACUUUUGCAUGGUUUUUAGAGAGGCAUAAUUUGGAGCAUUGAAUUAUUCAGAAAAGGGACUUGCUUCUGCUCUAUCACAGGGAUGAACAGAGCCCCUAUAGUGUCACUAAUAAUCUUGAAUUAUCGCC